AUGGAAUCUGAGGGAGUGUCACUACCGUUGAUCCACGAGCACCUUAUGAUGCCUUGGAAUGAUCUGCGGGAAGGUGAUUGUUGUGGACGCUUGGAUUCUAACAGUGAUGGGUACUACUGCAAAAGUUGUGAUUUCUUUGCUCAUAGGAAAUGUAGCGAGUCCCCUGAAUAUAUUGACCUCCCAUCUCACUCUGUUCACACUCUUCAGCUUCGAAGUAAACCAGACAAUUUCUGUGAUUUAUGUCACAGGACAAUCACGAAUUUACACUAUCGUUGUGAGAUCUGUGACUUUGAUGUGGAUCUAUUCUGUGCCAAGUACCCACCACCUGAAGUCAUUGACGUUUCCGAGACGCAUCACCACAAGCUCACCCUUUUCAAGGAGCAGACCGAGUUCGACUGUGAUGCUAAAUGUGGUAAGAUUGGUUAUGAGUUUCCUUACAAAUGCCAUGAAUGUGAUUUAGCUUUCCAUUUGGAUUGCGUAUUGAAUCUGUCGGAGGCAAAACACCCGGCAGAGUUAAACCACACUUGCCACAACUUACACCCUCUUAAGUUACACACAAGUAAACCACCGAGCUAUUCUGAUGGAAAAUGUCGUCUUUGCGGAAGAGAGAUUAAAGAUAGGUUCUUUUAUCAUUGUUCUUCUUGUAACUUCAGCUUGGAUAUGCGUUGUGUUUUGAACCCACCGCUACAAUCUGUUCUGGAUCUGAAAGCUCAUGCUCACCAACUCAUCUUUCGCCCAAGACUUUAUUCUUUUACAUGUAAUGCUUGCGGGUUGAGUGGAGAUCGAAGCCCUUACAUAUGUUUUCAAUGCGAUUUCAUGAUACAUCAAGAGUGUCUUUCCCUUCCACGCCUCAUAAACAUCAAUCGGCACGACCACCAUGUUUCUCGCACUUCUGUUCUUGGUGUUGUCAAUUCUGUUUGUGGAGUUUGUCGUAAGAAGGUGGACUGGACAUGGGGCGGGUACUCUUGUUUGCGGUGUCUUGGCUAUGUCGUUCAUUCGAAAUGUGCUACCAGAACAGACAUGUGGAACGGGAAAGAACUCGAAGGAGUUCCUGAAGAGACAGAAGAUAUAGAGCCAUAUGUGGUAAUAGAUGACAACACAAUACAACAUUUCAGCCACAAAGAGCAUUACCUAAGAUUCCAUGUUAAUGGUCUUCUUUGGGAAAAAAACAAGCGGUGCAGCGCUUGUACCCAUCCAGUUUGUCUUCAAUCCUUCUAUGGUUGUAUCGAUUGUGAUUUCAUUCUUCACCAAAAGUGCGCUGAAUCUCCUAGAAGGAAAUGGCAUGUGUUACACAAUGACCGGCUUACAUUAGUUACAGGCAUCUCUGAUUACUUUCAGUGUGAAGCUUGUCGUAGAAUUUCCAAUGGUUUCAUGUACCAGUGUGGGGAUAAGGAGUUAGAUGUACUGUGUGGUUCAGUUUCGGAGCCUUUUGUGCAUCCAAGCCAUCCCCAUCAUCCGCUAUAUUACAUUCCGGAAGUAGCGGAAACAAAACAAUGUGAUGGUUGCAACAAAUGGGCACCUUAUGUGCUUACGUGCAUCGAAAGUGGCUGUGAAAUUGUCAUAUGCUUCGAUUGUGCUACGUUACCACAAGUGGUAAAGCAUAGAGUAGACGAUUAUCCUCUCUCAUUAUGCUAUGGAGAAGAGGCAAGUGGUAAAUGCUGGUGUGAUAUUUGUGAGGAAAUGAUGAAUCCAAAGAUGUGGUUCUACACGUGUAAAGAUCACCGAGCUAGUUUGCAUACAAAAUGUGUGCUGGGAGACUUUGAAGGGCUCAUGCCAAGAAGCACACUAAAGUUGUUCACCAGGCCAUUUGAGGUGGUGCUCAAUAAUAGUUUAUCUCGUCCAUUUUGUAGGGUGUGUGAGUCACGUUGCAUGUAUCAUAUCAUCUUGAAAAUGCUUGGAACUUUAGAUCUAUACAUUUGCUCUUUCGAAUGUGCAUCAUAUGCAGAAUAUUUCUAA